AUGGGGAAGAAACCGUGGCCAAACGUGAAGAAGGGUGUGCCCGCCGCCAGCUCGAGGCCGGGCUCCGAUACGGGAAGCAACGGGUGGUCGGGGACCAAGUCGCCCGCGUUCGCCGCCCAGGGAGGGUCCGGGUCCAGGUCGCCGUCCGUCGCUGGAUCCGCGGGCCGCGCGUCGGUGUCGGCGUCGUCCGGUAUCCAGUCGCAGUCCCCCAUCACGAGUCCGGUGGCAAACUUUAACCCGAUGGCGAGCGAUUUUGUGCCUGUGGCUGUGCCGGCUGCCACGGAGAUGUCGGAUCCUGGCUCGGCCUCGUCAGUCUCGCCGGCUCCUGCUUCUGUCGCUGAACCGGACUUGAUUCCAUCAGCUCCAGAUCUGGCUUCGGCUGCGGUCCCGGCUGCGACUUCGACUCUGGGGGUUUCUGAGCCUACUCUUGAACGGGAUACCAACCCAGCUUCUGCUGCAUCCGUUCCAGAAUCAGACCCGAUUCCAUUAGCUCAGGCUCAUGAACCGGCUCCGGACCCAGCUCUGGCUCUGGUGCCGUUGCCAGAACCUAUCGAAUCAGAGACGGUGGCGCCCUACCGCCCUCCCUCACAAAUGUCCUCGCAGAGCGAAAAGUCGGACGAAUCCGCCGACGACGAGACAAUGGAGGUGGAGUAUGAUUGGGAGCGCGACGCCCAACAGACACAGCCAGCCCGGAAGCUGCGAGAACAGCAGCAGCAAAACCAGGGAAUCUCGCCAGGGCCGCCACACAGCCGCUUUGGAGAGAAGCCCAAGGAGAUUACGCUUCCGUGGAUGCAGGCCAAAGCAGCGGCCGCCGGGGAGGCGAAGGGAGAGGGCUCGAACAAGGAGGGGUCUGUCGGGGACGCAUACGACCCCGAUGAUUCGCUGGUGCUGGGCUCGCCGUCGACGGUGCAUGAAAUUCCGGACGAUCUCGAGCAAUUCGCCCAUCACAGCGGCAUGCUUGACGGAUACGGCGCCGAUUAUCUAGGCGAGCCGUAUCUCGCGCCACCGGGAGCACACGAAGGCAUGGGGUUGGGCGACGGUUUCGACCCUCCCGGCCUCGGCGGUCACGAUUUGCUCAGCAAGGUCUUGAGUGGCCAAGUCUCCAAGACCUCGAGCGAACCCACCGAGCGGGCUACUUCGGCUACUAGGGCAAAGCCCGAACAGCCUCACGACCAUGAGGGAAACCAACCCUCGCGGAGUCACCCCCAGGCUUACCCCUCGGGCAGCUCUGCCCGAGGGCCCGGCUACGAUGGCCCCGACGCCACCGACGGCCACCACUACGAUGGUGCGACCUACUAUAGCCAAGAGGGUAACGAUCACCCCGAGGACGGCUACAGCCACGGUGGCGACUACAACCAAGAUCGAAGCGGCUACAGGCAGCCAGAUGAGUAUAACCAGGACGAUGGCUAUACCCACGGCGACGACUACAAUCAGCGCAGCGACUAUGGCAAGGGCCCCGCCAACGGGCCCGCAUACGACAAUGCCGCGUACGAAGGCGCUCCGUACGACAACGGCUCCUACGACAACGCCCCGUACGACGAAGGGCCCGGCUACGACCACCAGGCCGGCGGCGGCGGCGGCGGCGGCGGGGACGACGACGACUACUACGGCAACGGCGCCGAGGGGCAAGAGUACGGCGCCGACGGCUACGACGCGGACGAACACGUCGAGCGCGUGUCCUGGUCCGCGGGCAACGCGGGCUCGGUGGGGUGGAAGCCCGAGCGGGCCAAGUGGCGGCCGGAAAGCCCGCCCUUCCAGUACCCGCACGGCGAGGACGCGGAGGAGGAUGCUGCUCCGCCAACGCCUCAGCCGCAGCAGCCCCAGGCUAAAUCCGUGCCCGCGCCGGCGUCGGUGGCCUCGUUCAAGAAGGCGGGCUCGAAGAAGGGCAAGAAUGCGGCUGAACCGAGCGCGCAUUAUGACGAUCAGGCGUCGUCUAUCUACGGUGCUCUGUCGCAGACGAGCAGGCAGCACCAGCACUCUAAUAAUCACAACCAACGGAAGCCGCAGCAGCAGCAGCAGCAGCAGCAGCAGCAACAACAACAGCAGAGCGAGGCGCCGGCGUCGGUGGCGGCGUCGUCGGCUCCGGCCAAGUACCACCAGCAUCCGUCAACGACAUUGAUGGACUGGAGGGCGGAGGUGAAGGAUCAGGGAGACAAGGAGCCGAGGGUGGGCGGGGGUCGGGGUCCGACGUCGGGGACGCGGUUUUUCGCGAGCAUCACGUCCGGGGCGCUGAUACCGGAGGAGUUGCCGUUCGAGGUGCACAGGGAUGAGAUUGCCACCCGGUUCGAGGUUCUGCCCAGGAUCGACCUGCUCAGCAAUUACCACCUUCCCGACGGCAUCGCGCUGCGAGAGCUAGACCAGCUGCGCUGGCUUGUGAAGGAGGGCCAGAGGUGCCAGGUCGCCGGGGCGUCGGCGGCCGACUGGAACAGCAGCGUGCACCACCCGCUCAUCUCGCUGGCGUUUAGGGACAUGGAGUCCCGGAUCAAGCUGAGCGCAUGGAAUCACCGGCACCCCCAUCCUUCCCGACUUCCUACCCCCGGCAUCCUCACGCCCCCUCGCCUCCGCCCCCUCUCCUUCGUCCUCGCCCUCGAACCCCUCGACUACAUCCACGGACUCCUGCUCAACCAAGCCCCCGCCACGCAAACCAUCAACCCGACGCUCUACGCGCCCCUCCGCACGCGCCUGGUCGCGCUCCCCAUCGACGCCGUCUCGCCUAACGGGCUCGGCAUCGCGGGAGGCGGCGAAGGCACGCCCGGCGCCGCCGUGUGGCAGUGGGCGUGGAUGGAGCGGAUGCGGCGGCUCGCGCCGUGGGCCAAGGUGCCGGCGCUGCCGUCGAUCCGGGUGGUCGGGCACGACUGGUACCUCUCGUGGGCGUGGCUUGACGGGGAGGAGACGCCGGGGCCGGAGGAGGGGCCGGGUCCGCUGCGGAUGCGGAGCGUGGUGGGCAUGUAUAGGGUUUUGGCGGGGCUGAGGAAGUUGGGGACGUGGGUGGAUGAGACGCUGGAGCCGUGGGCGAGGGAGGUGCUGCGAGCGUAG